AUGUGCGUAGAAAUUACACCAGCUCAACAAUACAACAACAACAAAAUGGAUAUCAUCAUCUCCCAGAAGAAAAGCUCCAGCGGCAUGAAAAAGCUUUUGAAACAAAUCUUCAAACAACAAAAAUCCCACAAAGUUUCCGGCAAUUCUAUGGAAUCUCUUGAAUCCUUGGAAAAUAAACGCAAUACCGAACUUGAAUCGGAUUGCGAUUCAAUGGAAUCCUUUGAAAAUGACAUCAAUGAAUGUCUUUUGGCUGCAGAAGAAGAAACCUAUGUUCCCGUUCACUUUGUACGCACUGAACAGGCAAUGAGAAUUUUUACUUGUGUUCUAUUGGUAGCAGCCUUGGCCGUCAAUGGCUUGGCUGAAAAUCUCUGCCUUAUUGAUGCCAAUGUUGCAGAUAUACCCAAAACCAUUCGUUCCGAUUUGUAUCGUGGCCAACAGGAAUUCACUCUGAACAUGCUGGAAGCCAUACAAAAGGCCACACCAAAUGAGAACAUUUUCUUCUCACCCUACAGCACAUUCCAUGCCCUGCUCUUGGCCUAUUUUGGUGCUGAUGGCAAGACGGAAGAGGAGCUGGUUCAGGGACUACGUCUGCAAUGGGCCAAGAACAAGAAACAUGUCAACAAUGGCUAUCGCCUGGAGAAACAAAUGCGCUACAGUCGUACCAAGAAAAUGCCUUUAGAAUUCACUGCUGCCGAUCGUAUCUACUUCGAUAAGUCCAUCAAUCUGGCUGCCUGUAUGAAGGAGAAUUUCCAAGAUGAACUUGAAUCGUUGGACUUCAGAACCAAAGCCGAGGAGGGUCGUAUGGAAAUCAAUAACUGGAUUGCCAAUGUAACCCGCAAUGAAAUCCCCGAAAUGUUAAAUCCUGGUGAUGUCACCACCGACAGUCAAAUGGUUUUGGCCAAUGCUGCCUAUUUCAAGGGACAAUGGUCGGAUAAAUUCGAUGCCAAAGAUACUAAACAAGAGAUUUUCUAUACCACCCCUAGCCAGUAUUCUUUCGUACCCAUGAUGCAUAAACGUGGUGUCUUCAAUAUGGCCGUUGAUGAGAAUUUAGGUGCCUAUGUUCUGCAAAUGCCGUAUUUGACUUCACAUGAUGAGGAAAAGGAUUCCGAGAUUUCAAUGGUCAUCGUUUUGCCACCCUUCACCGAGGGUGCUUUGGAAAAGGUCUUAGCCAAAUUGAAGCCAGACUCAUUGGAAAAUGCCUUGAAAAUGGCUUCACCCAAGGAAAUUGAUAUUUCAUUGCCGAAAUUUGAAUUUGAACAGAAUUUGGAAUUGGUACCGAUCCUUCGCAAAUUGGGCAUCAACAGUCUGUUCGAUCACACCGCCAACUUGAGUGGCUUCUCCACGGAAACAAGCCUGAUGUUUGGUGAUGCCAAACAUGUUGCCAAAAUCAAGGUUGAUGAGGAGGGCAGUACUGCUGCUGCAGCCACUGUUGUUUUCAGUUUCCGUUCAGCACGUCCCGCCGAACCAACCAAAUUCGAAUGUAAUCAUCCAUUUAUGUUCCUGAUCUAUGAUAAUACCGCCAAGGCUGUACUCUUCACUGGCAUUUAUCGUGAUCCCAAGACACAGAAGUAG